AUGGAGUCUAUGGCUAUAGCCUACCUCAACACUCCCUCCUACCUCGACAACCGACCAGUUUCUCUCGGGCCACCUCCCUCUGGCUCGCCGCGUCCUUCUCUCUCGAAGGCCAGAUCUACUACCGAUCUUGAUGCUAUUGCUACUGCGCAGCGAAUAAUGGAAAAUGGCCCUGACUCGUCCUUUCGAACGCUCGCCGACCCGCGCACUGCCAGCAUGACUGAUCUGUCCAAGACGGGUUCGCGGUCUCCUAGCGACAGGCAUCCGGACCUUAGCAAUGAAGUCUCGACGCUGAGUGACAAGCUGGUGAGCGCUAUCGAGCAUAACUCCGUCCUGGAUGAGAAGCUAUCAGAAACGCGUCGCGAGCUUGAAGAAUCACGCGCCCGGAUAGCGAAACUCGAGGCAGAGGCAAACGAGCACGAGGAGAGGAUAAGAAAAGGCGAGCUGUUGACCAAGGGUGCUGCAGACGAAUUAAAUGGCAAGCUCUCCGCAAACCUGGCGGAGGAGAAGAGGCAGAGGGCCCUUAUACAGCAGGAGAAGCGAGGUAUAGAGAGCGAGCUGGAAAACCUGACUGCGUCACUCUUUGAUGAAGCCAACAAGAUGGUUGCAGCCGCCAAUAUGCAACGUGAGGCAACAGAGAAGAAGAACCAGCAAUUGCGUGACCAAAUUAAGGAUGGUGAAGCUUUGAUAGCUUCCCAGACCGAGCAACUGACCGAGCUCAAGACUUUGAUGCAACAAAUCGGCUCCGAUCACCGCAAAGAGUUACAGUCGCCGCGUUCUUCGCUCGCACCCUCCAGCCCAGGCGUCGCUCGAGAAGAAACAGAUCUCACUCGGCUCCUCGAAGCUAUGAACCUAUCUCCCGCUUCAGCUGACGACACUGAGAUCGCCCCCUCUCCAUCUACUUCGCUGACUCACCUCCUUCGUCCAGAAUGUCGGACCGAUAUCCCGGCCUACGAAGACUUCAAAAAUCUUGUUGCGACAUCUCACCCUCGGAGUCACAACCCGUCUCAUGCUCCUUCACGUGCAGGUUCUGGCUCAUACGGCGGGCUCAACGUAAUGGGUCUCUCGUUCGCCAACAAUUCAAAUCCUAAUCUCGCCUCUGCCGCGACUUCACAGUCUAAGUUGGCCUCUGCUCCCUCGAUCCCAGGCUCUUUCUCGCCGUCUGCCGACUCUUCUGUCGCCAAAGGUCCAGUCCCUCUCAAGGACACUCGUUUCUUCAAGCGCAUCAUGGCCGAGGAUGUGGAGCCCACGUUGCGUCUCGAUUUGAGCCCCACAAUAUCCUGGCUCAACCGGCGCAGCAUCCUCGCCGCGAUGGGCGAGUCGAAUCUGAUCGUGGAACCAAUAGCCGAAGCAUCUCUGAAGUUGUAUGGCAAAUAUACCUCCUGUGCAGUCUGCGGCGAGGGGCGCAAGGCGGGUGAAAACCCCCGCACGCACGCAAUGCGUGUCCGUGAGGGAGAGGGCGCGACCAAGUGGAGCAUCUGCCGGUUGUGCUUGGAGAAGGUGCGCGGCGUUGGCGACCUCAUCGCCUAUGUCCGCAUGAUACGUGAAGGAGUGGUGAAGUGUGGAGACCGCAAAGAGGAGGAAGAGGCUUGGGAUGAGCUGGUACGUAUGCGCGAGCGAUUGUUUUGGGCACGCAUGGCUGGUGGAGUGGUACCAGCAUUUGUGCCGAGCAACAAAGCCAGUCCCGUGGCUGGACUCGGAUCUGCAGCAAGGACCAGUGAAGAAGGAUUAGGGCGGUUCCCGAAGAGUCCGCUUGGUCAAAAUGUUAGCGAGCCGCAGAGCGCCACUGGGUUCCGGACGCCGGAAGAGCAUUCGAGCGAAGACCCGGUGUCCCGUAGUGAUUCUCGGGAUUGCGACACUGCAUCGUCCCAGCUGCGGACAGAAGAGGAAAAGAAAGCGGAAGCCGACGCCGCCGAGCAGUUGCAGAAGGGUUUGGAUGAGAGUCUGACGACCUUCGACAAUAUGCAUGCCAAUAAAGAGCGAACCACGCCAACAGGAGACGUGCCGAACGGUCAAGAGCCAGACAGAAACACUGCAGCGUCCCCGCCCAUGACGCCUCAGCGACAGCAGCGGGGCCACAAUCCACGCAGCAGUAGCACUGGCAGCGGCAUGAGUUUUCCCAAGAUCAGCAUCCCGAAGAUCCCGGAAAGUUUCUGGGCUAAUCAGGUCAACACCCUGCACUGA